AAUGGACUAAGGAGGAGCUAAUACUUUUGUAGUUGAACCAAAAGACGAGGAAAAGUAAUAAUAUAAUGUUUUUCUUUUAGAUUUUAUCCUUCUAAGAUUAGAAAAGUUAUUUAAGAAAUUAUGGAUGACAAAUUAAAAAACGAAACUUAUGAUGCUAAUAAUACACCUAUUCUUGCAGAGGAACUUGUUAAGAAAAUUAGAAAUAAAAUUAGAGAUUGUAUAGAAAUUGAAUAUAAAUAUAGCCAUAAAAAUGCCUAGAUUCAAAAUUGCAGUAUAAGUAGUUAUAGGUGAAGUUAAGGGAUAAGGGUGUAAAGUCACAUCAAAGAAUCUUUGGGAUCCUACUUGGGAUAAUUAUGCAUCUUAUGCCUUUUAGAAUGUAUUUUGAAUUAAUUAAUAAGGAAUCUAUUUAUGGAGUGGCAAUUGUUUUUGGUGUUUAUUAUGAAUGA